CCAAAGCGAAUUGUGUAUAUGGAUUUCACGAAGCCCAAGCAUGGCAAAUCUGCAAGGCUGAAAGUAAACAAGCCAAGGCCUCAUCAGGAGUGUAAACUGGAUGAAGAGGAGAAGCAAAGAUUCCUGCAGGAGCUUCGGAGAAUUUGCCCUAGUGCGGGGUGCCUCACAAAGGGUGACUCUGAUACAGACAGCGCUUCAGAGGACGAAGAUCUUCCACCGCUUCUGAACAGGCCUCUUCCCCAAGAAGCCCACAAUGAGGGGGAAAUGCAAUGGACCUGCGAUGCCUUUGUUCAAGACUUUUUGGCCACUCCCCAGCAGUGCCAAAACUUGGAGACCAUGACCCGUGCCCAAAACAACAGUUUGCUGUGGAAACGGCACCGUGAAGGGCGUGUGACGGCCACAGUGGCACAUGACAUUUUGACGCUCAAACCGCAGACUGCGCCUCUUGCCGUGAUAAACAAGGUAAUGAAGCGGGAGCAGUCGAAUUUGUCGCAUAUUGAGAGUGUUGCAUUUGGCUUGAGGUAUGAGGGGAAGGCAAAGGAGGAGUACAAAAUGGAAAUGGAAUGUUUACAUGAACAAUUUCAAUUGAGGGAGUGUGGGCUUGUAGUUGAACCAAGGUUCCCCUGUUCGCUGCUUCUCCGGGUGGUGUCAGGACAUGCGCAUGCCACAGUGAAGGUCUUGUCGAAGUGAAAUGCUCAUUUAAGCACAGAGACCUUCAUGUAAAGGAAAUUCCUGACAUUGACACUACAUUUUAUUUAGAAAAAGGGACGCUGAAACUUAAAUCUAAUCACAGAUAUUACAGUCAAGUGCAAUUUCAGAUGUAUGUAGCAAACAAGAAGUAUUGUGACUUUGUGGUUUACACAAAUCAAGGCAUCCAUUGCCAGACUGUGCUUUUUGAUCAAGAGUUUGUUGACAAACUGAUUGUCAAGUGCACAGCAUUCUGCCUCAAUCACAUUGUGCCAGAGGUGAUUGAGCAGAAGUUUGCUCGAUAGUGUUAACAUUUGCAUAUAUUAAUCUGCAAAUGCAAAAUUGACUGCUCACAUAUAUGCCCGGUUGAUCUUUUACUCUUGUUUAUCAGUUUGUUGGAAUAUAUUAAUUUGUGUUAACCACCAACUCACAAACAUAACUUGGUUGUAUCAUAUUGUGUAAGAAAUCAUAAAGGUGAACUAAAGUGUUGGAAUAUUUGUUUUGUUUGCCUUGUUUACACUGUUAACAACGCAGGACAAUUACUUGUUAAAAUGUGUAUGAUCAUGUAGGCUUGUGAAUGUAUUUCCUUUAAUAACGUAUUUUUGUGUGAAUAAAACCAACUUAACUUCAUGUUAAUCUUAUUUGUUAGUGUAUUGGAAUAAAAAGAAUGACAUUUCAAUCUAUACUUCUUUCUUUAUUGCAAUACUAUGUAAAUAAAACACUGAAGAUAAAUCAAUUUGCAUCCUAUAUGCCCGUUUCAUUUGACAUAAUGCACAUGUUAAUAUAUUUGAACAUAUACAGUACAAAUUCACAUUAUGUACUAUGGCCAUGCUAAUAAAGA